CUGUCCCCCGCAUACUCCUCCUGGCUCCCCACCCCCUCUUCCUUCCCCUUUGCCCCACACACGCUCUCAAGUGCUUCCACCCUCCCCCACAUGCACCCUCUGCCCCCAGGUGCACCCUCUGGUUGUGCCCUGCCCCGUGUUUCUGCCACCACGUGCAUCCCCUUUACCCCACAUGCACCCUCUGGAUGCCCUCUGCCCACUCCCCACACGCACCCCCUCCGUACCCUCUCACUGCCCCAUUCCCCCUCUUCCCCUAGGCACCAUGCGCCAGACUCCACAGGACAGCAUGCAUUCCAGGAAGAAGGCGCCCCGGCCCCAGCUCCCAAAUACUUAUAGAAUAUUUAAUACUGAUAUACCAGAAGUAAACAUGAGAAUAGAAAAGGUCAACAGUGAAUAUAUACCUAAAAAGAAUAAACAGUCUUUCCAGCACUCGUAUUUACCAGAGUGGCGCAAUAAUCCCCAACCACGUUAUGCAAAAUUAAUUAACACCAAUGUAAGGUUCUUAAAUGAACCAAUAUACUAUAUGGAAACAGAAGGCACAGUGGCUAAAAAGCAUCAUUGGUGGCCAAGUGGGGAACCAUGUGUAUAUCAUUAUAGUCCACCUUACGACAGACAGAGCACUCAAAGAAAUGAUUUCCAGAAGCCAACCUGUACAUUGUCUUCUCCAACUAAAUACAGCAGUAAACUACAGCCUUCCUGUGGAAUAGUUCCACUUGCAAUGCCUAGAACAUCAACAAGCCUUCCAAAAAUUUUACAGGAGCGGACCUCCUUUAUUCAUCAGUACAAUGCCAGAAAAUCUCCUAAUGAACCCAUCCGAGGAAAGCGACAUGGAGCUUUUGUGUGGACAGAGAUAAAACCAGUGAGUGGACCAAUAGUUCCUCAGGGAACAGAAGUUUUCCUGAGUGCUAGAGGGUCAGGCUCACUGGAGCAGCCAAAAACAGAGAAAGGAAACUCAGUGGAAAGCCAAAUGACCUCACCCAGUCUCUGCCUGCAGAAUUCCCAGGAGACAUUAGGCUGUGAAACUCACUUAUCAAAACCAGACGUCAGAGAAGCAGCCAAGGCAUAUCCCAGAAUCCCUGUGAGAGCACAGAAGAGUUCAGACAUUUCUCAGGCAACUGAAGUGGAUGUUAUCCGUCCUGCUGGGGAAGAGUCCUUAUGUCCAGCAAUGAAAGGUCCUCUAGAUAAAUCUCUGGAUAAGUUACCUCCCGCACAUAAAAACAUAUGAAUCACUGAUACCACCAUCAGUCACUAAAAUGAAGAGAGCCUAGAAUCACUGUGCAAGCUAAUGCAUUUGCUUGGUCUAAUAUCAAUAAUACUAAACACAAGCUAACAAUUCACUGGUGUCAGCGGGAACACAGUACUCCUUUGACAACACAACAGCUGCACUGUACUUUGAUGUUUGUAGAAAACUAUAUGCCUAUAAGAAUUAUGGGUUGGUUUUUUAAGGUGGAAUUGAUUUUCUUGUUAGGCUGAACACAAUCAUCUUGAUCAUAUAUAUUCUGUAUUAAGUCUGAGUUUGAGUUAAUUAACACUUUUGGGUGUGGAAGUGAUUAUGAUUCUUGAAAAUGUACUUUUUUUUCAAUAAUAGAAACACCAGUUACAA